CUUUUGCAGGAAGUGAGUUACACGUGGGUUUAUACAGUAUAGUAGAAGAUUGAAGUUGCCGAUCGGCUCAUUAUCCGUCAGAAUGCCUAAAGCUCCACACAAUAAAGGUAAACAAGACAAGAAAGUCAUCCAUCCUUACAGUAGAAAAGCUGCUCAAUUAGCACGAGAAGGCCAUAAACAGGACAGAAAGGAAAAGUUAAAAACUGAAAAAGCCCUACGACUAAAUAUCAUCGGUGAGAAACUGCAGUGGUUCCAGAGCCACCUUGACCCUAACAAAACAGAGUUCACCAAACAGGAAGCCUGUGAGCUAAUCGAAAGCUACUUACAUCGGUUUGAUAGUGAGUUGGAACAAAUUGAACUGCAGAACAGCAUCAAGGGUAGACAAGCAAGGCAGCAUGGCUCCCGGGAGACGGUCAUUAAACAGACCAUAGAGCGUGAAAGAAGACAGUACAGUGGAUAUGGAAUGGAGAUACCAGAUAUUGUGAAUUCAAAGCAUUUGAAAGUGUUCAGAGAAUGGAAUUUGGAUCUGAAGAAGCUGCCAAAUAUUAAAAUGCGCAAAUGUUCUGUCAGCGAUUUACUUCCUAAAAGCGAAAAAGAUCUUUCAGCUAAAGACGAUACAGAGGAAGGAGACAUGGAAAAUGAAGACAAGUCUUCUCUCGAGUCAGACAGCGAAAGCGAGUGAAGCGCACCGAGAGACUGUUCAAAUAUGAAAACUGCAAACUAUAUUGAAACCACCUCGAAAGCAAUAACAUUCAAACUUUGAAUGUGAAAUGAAGAAUGUUGUUUGGAAUUUGUCACAUCUUGCAUAACUGUUAUUCCUAAAAGAAAUUCAAAUACCUAAUCUUUAAAAGAUCUUUUUGUGUUAAUAACCCAAAUUAGUGGAAGCUCUUCAUACAGGAUCCAAGAGGGGGAAAAGAGUUUUUCUGAUGUGCCAUGGAAUACAGAGCUGUAUGUCUCAAGUGUUCUGAUUAAAUGAAGGGUGAGCAUAUUUCAAUAAGCGUUAGAUGCACUUGAUGUGCUACAGAUAAUUGCUAUCUAGAAACUGAAGACUGUUCAUGAAUUUUAAACAUGUUUUUGUUCCUGUUAAUAUAAAUAUAUGUUGA